AUGUUCUCUCUUAGACCACUUGCUGCUCGCCAGACAGCUUCUCUUUCUCUUUCCAGCAGAGUUCUUGCCCGAUUUGCCAGUGGUCCUGUCGGAACUCCUCCCUUUUCUUUAUCCUCGUCAUCUUCUAACAAAACCUCGAACAUCUUUGAAACAGCCAAGUCACUUGAGAAGAACAAGCCUAGCUCUUUUUCUAAUACCCGCAAUCCCUCGCUGCGCACCUCCAACAAGUAUGGAAACAGUGCUCCUGCUCCUCCACCAGAACCUGAAGAUGGCAAGCAGCGUGUCGGUUACGUUCUACACUGCAAGUUCACUCCCAAUAACACAAUCCUGACCCUUACCUCCCAGUACGUUCGUGUUGGUAAGCGCUACGUAAAGCUCACCAAGGAAGAGCGUUACAUGGAUCUCGUCAGACCUCUUGAGGAUGUCCGCAUUAAUCUCACAGCCGGUAUCCUUGGUUUCCGUCACACAAAGCAGGGCGAAUACGAAGCUGGUUUCCAAACAGCUGCCCGUAUGUUUGCCCUCAUGUCUGAACGCGAGUUCCUCGACCACCCGCUCGAAAUCAUCCUUUCCAACUUUGGCAAGGGCAGAGAGGCCUUCCUCAAUGCUCUCAAUGGUGCUGAAGGUAACCUCGUUCGCCCACUGGUCACCAGAGUCACUGACGGCACCAAGAUUAGAAUCGGUGGUGUUAGACCCCCUCGUGCCAGACGUGUUUAA